AUGGAGAAUACUAAUAAGAACAACGACAACGACGACGACGAUUGGCUGAACGAUUUCGACGAGGCGAAGGAGAAAGAGAAGGAAGAGAAGAAGGCGCAAAACAGUUUCAACGACUUUUACCAACGAAGAAAUUUUAACCGAGAAGAAUACGAGCGAAAACGAGAAGAAGUGAAAGAAGAAGAAGACGCUUUUGUGAUGCGGCGUGAUCAUCAUCGAGAGUAUUAUCAUCAUCAUCAUCACGAGAGUAAUAAUAAUAAUAAUAAUCAAAACAACGACUCGUCGACGUUUGACGCGAACGCGCCUUCGCCAAUCGUGAAGACGACGAGGACGCCACGGAACGAAAACUACGGGUAUAGUAAUACCAAUAAUUAUUACGACAACAACAACAACAACAACAACAACGAUAAAGAAAGACCUUUUUCGGCGGCGUCUAAACCGUCGGAUGAUACCGUGGACGAAUGGUUGAACGAAGAAACGCCGCCGCCGCCGGUGAAGGUACAGGACAACUAUGCCGCCUAUUAUCAAAAACAAGGAGGACGAGGACUAGACGCGCGAGGACAUCAGGAACAGCAUAAUUAUCAACGAGAAGAAUACCAUUCGCAAACGACAUCGGCAUCAGCGGUAGUUCAAAGCGACAAUACAAAUUUCAAUGGAUUAUUCGCGGGAAACGACGACGAUGUGGCGUUUUUUGACACGUUAGGUGGUGCAGAGGAAACGAUGGCGGCGCCAUCACCGCCGCUCGUUUAUGCGGAGCGCGUGGAAAGUAAAGGCGUUGAUAGCAUUUCGGCUACGAAUGCACCGGCAGUAGAUGAUGACUUUUUGAACGAUUUUGCGGAUGUCUCAAAUCCCCCCAUACAGUUGUACCAGCAGCCGACGGCGGCAGCUACGAUUCCUCCUCCACCGGUGACACAGCCCGCGGUUCGAGCGUACGAGCCACCUUCGGAGUUUGGGGGUCCGCCGCCAAAAAUGUUCACACCUCCUCCUCCGCCACCAUCCAUAUCGAGUCUACCGGUUGUCCAGCAACAGAAUAGUCAUGCCGUGGCGUACGAGCCUCCGAGCGAUUUUGGAGUUCCUCCUCUCGUCCCAGCUCAAGCGCAGAAUAGUCAUGCCGUGGCAUACGAACCUCCGAGCGAUUUUGGAGUACCUCCUCUCGUUCCAGCUCAAGCGGCUGUGGCGUACGAACCUCCGAGCGAUUUUGGGGUACCUCCUCUCGUUCCAGCUCGAGCGGCUGUGGCGUACGAACCUCCGAGCGAUUUUGGAGUACCUCCUCUCGUCCCAGCUCAAGCGGCUGUGGCGUACGAACCUCCGAGCGAUUUUGGAGUGCCACCACCAAUCAUGCCAUCUCCACAAAAUCAGCCGCAACAAUUUCAGCAGCACAACAUCAGUAGUCACGUUAGCAACAGCUCAAUUCAAGCACACGCGCAACCUGGAACCGUUCGAUCUCCGGAUGGAAAACCUCCUCAUCGCUGCAUCGCUUUUGGUUUUGGUGGUACGCUCGCAACGGUGUCUCAAGCGCACAAAAAUUUGUUUUCGUUGUGCACACAUUCUCUUCAUGACAUGUUUAGAUCUAGCGACGACUUUGGUGCUCGCGAAUUUGUCGAGGUUGCGAGCGAUGAGACGUUCUUUUUGAGCAACUCUGAGAAUUUAAUGACCGAUGAGAGUUUGUGCUCCAAGUGUGAACGUUUGGCAAAUAAUUCAUCGCAAACGAUAGGAGAGAGCGAGAUGUGGAGAAUUUUGUCUCUCUUUCUUUCGAGAAAGAAAACGUUCGACUCGUUGCGAAGUUUUGGUGAAGCUGCGUUUAAAGCUGAAGUGGCGAGUGUUCUCCACGUUCAAAAUCGCGCCGACGGUUCUCCUUCGUCGUUGACAAGUGCGUCUGUUUCCGAGCGAGAUGCGUCGCCUGCAAUACUGAUGGAGAUUGAACGGCAGAUAUCAAUAGGAAACACUAUCGCUGCUCUAGAUAUUGCACACACGCAUAAGUUGUGGAACGUGGCUGUAAAAGUUGCCAGACUGACUCGCGAUGAGACGAUUAUAUCAGAUACUUGUGUGAGAGCUAUUCAGGAAACUAUGCAAGUUGGGACACCUUUGCGAGUGCUUGAAUUACUUUCAAUCGGACGAGCAGACGUUGCCGUCAAGGAUCUAAUAACGAGAAACAAUGAGAACAUUGCACUUUCUGACAGAUGGAGAGAGGUGAUUGCCAUGGUUUCCUUAAACUCGAACGAACGAGAUAAAACGAUAACGAAUGGAUUAAUUACUCUUGGCGAUGCUUGCCGAGAGAGCAAUUAUUUGGGCAUCGCUCAUUUAUGUUAUCUUCUUUCUGGUGACGUUUGGCCGAACGAUGCAGCGCGCAUGCGCUUAAUCGGGAGUAACGAUAAUCCUUGUCGAGACCCUCGCUCGUAUCACCGCUCCUUAAUUGCGGAAAGAAUCAUGCUCUCCUUUGCCGAAGGCAAAGGUAGCGAAGCUUUAAAAGCUUCGUUGUCGGUGCUUGCACCUCAUCAAAGGAUGAAAGUUUCCUACUGCGUGCUUUUAGCCGAUUUUGGUCACUUUCACGUCGCUCUUGCGACGCUUAAGAACGUUCAGAAAUAUCUUAAGCUCGUACGAGACGACUCUCGCAGUGAUUCGGGGGUAAGCGUCGAUGUCAUCUUAGUGGAAGCAGUAGAUUUAGAAAAACGAAUCAGAGAAAAGCUCGGUCAGGGCGCCAUUAAAGGAAAAAUUGCGAAUGUCGGUAAAAAGAUAGCGGGAGGACUUUCAAGAUUCGUUGGAGGAACAGUAGAUGCGCUGUUUGGAGGUGACGAUGUUGAUGUGAUCGGUAGUCGUGGCCUCGAUGAUACUCCGCCGCCGCAGCAAUUUCAUCAAAGAUCGAGCAGUCAAGACACCGCGUUCCAGCAUCAAAGAUACGGUUCGAGUUCGAGUUUGGAAAGCGUUUCGAAUCAACCUCAACAGAAUCCAUACCAUCAACAACAGUCAACAGCAUACGAGAGUGCGAAUCAUUCGAGGUCUCACUCGCUGGCAAGCCUCGACGAACACGGAAACAAUAGUCAUAAUAAUACGGGAGAGAAAAAUUAUCCCCCCUUGUCGCAAACGACUUACUCUGGCCAACAACAACAACAACAACAACAACCGGGAGUUCCUUUUAAGCUGGUCAAAUCAUUUUCCAAAUUAUUCUCUGCGGCAGUUCCCGCACCGGACAAGCCUUAUGAAGGUCCGAAAGUGGCGCCACAAGAAACCGCAGGUUUGCCAGAGAACACUUUCUAUUACGAUGAAAAUUUGAAACAAUGGGUUGAUAAAAGUAGCUCGGGAGCGCAAUCAACUGCUGCAGAGGCACCAGCCCCGCUCGCUCCACCGCCGACCAUGACUUCCGGUGUUGAAUAUCACAGAAGCGGCGGGGGCGGCGGUGGUAUUCCAAACUCAUUAGGCGCUAACGUGGGAGCUCGUUACGUUUCAACCUUUAAUAACACAGGACAACCGAAUUUUCAACAAAACGAAGGAGCAAAUUUUAACGAAUUUAAAGAAAUGCGUCUCGAAUAA